ACUGAAACCAUGGUUGAGACCCGUAGUGGGAAGAGCACUAGCCCCUACACCCAGGCAGCAACAAGAGAAGAUGGCCGCGUUAGUGAGAGAAAAUAAGGAAAGGAAGUUGAAGGCGAUCGCAGAGGAGCAGGCGACGAAGAGGAAGAAAUUGGAGGAAGAGAUGAUGAGGAUUCAGCAAGAGGAGGAAGAAAAGAGAAAGGCUGCCGAAGAGGAAGCAGCAGAAGAAGAAGAAAAGGGGAGAAGACAUAUAGAGGAGAGAGGAGAAAGCAGUGGCACGGCAAAUGAGGAUGCCGCAAUGGAGAAGAAGAUCAACGAGUGGAUAGCUAAUUUAUCGUUGGGGGAGGAUGAGGAGGCAGAGUUCUAUGUGCCCCAGGACGAGAGGGAUGCGUUAGCCCAAGAGCUAGCAGCAAUGGAGGACCCCCUGGAAAGACAAGAAAGAGAGGAGGAGAAAAAGUUGGAGAGGAAAUCGAGAAUGAAGAGGGAAAAGAAGAGAAGGAGGGAUGAGGUUAACAGGUUGCCCGCAGAGGUGGCGAAGAUGAAGGAUUGUAGGCAGGAGGUGGAGGCUCAGGCAAACGACUCGGCCAAAUGUGAUAAGGUGUUGGGGUACCUGGAGGUGUUGAGCGCAGUUUGGAUGGAGGAACGCCAAGCCAAUAGAGCUCAAGAGGUAGCCCUGAAGGCCAUGCGGUCCGGUUUUCGGGAUUUUGCGCGCGAGAUGGUUACCCACAUUGGAGGGGAAGUCAGGCGGUUGAGAGACAACGUGGGGAAGUUCUGUGAGGGUGCCAUUGAGGGCGCCAAAGUAGUAGCCGCUGCUGAGGGCGAGGCCAGACCUCGCAGAGAACCAGUCAAACUUAAGUUCCCCGAUGCUUAUGGUGGGAAAUCUGACGAGAACUUCGAUAACUGGGAGGCUAGCGUAAACCGUUACGUGUACUUACAGCACAUCGUACAGGACGAUCAGGUCCUGGUAGCCUUCCAGGCCCUCAAGGACGAAGCGGCUAGUUUUGCUAGGUCUCUCGCGCGCGCGGCCGGUUGUGAAAACAACAUGGUCGCCUAUUCCAAGGUUACCCUUCUCCCUCAAUUCUUCAAGCUCCUUAGGGAGCGAUUCGCUGAUCUCCGCAGAGGCGUUAGAGCCUUGGGUAAGCUCCAAACCAUCCACUCACGACAGUGGAGGAAUGCCAAGGCACUCAAGGCCGUAAUGGACGACCUGGUGGCCGUCCCGGACCAUGGGGUGAUUGAGUCCCAGUUGGUCCAGUUAUUUUAUCGUGCCAUGCCAGAGCCCCUGCGUGGGCACUUCUUUGACAAAUCCCAACAGCCCACCAUGACGUACGAUGUGCUCAGUAGAGAGGUGGUGUUGUUUGAGGCCAUGUCCAUGCCAGUUACCACUUUCUGGCAUAAGGACUUAGACAAGGGGAAGAAGUGGAAAGGUCGUACCAUCUCAGGCCAAGUGAAGGCCAAGGAUCAUAUGAUCCUUACCUUAGAGGAAGGUGGUACAGAUAAGGUCCCAUACAGUCAGAUCGAAUGGGGCCUUGAGGAGGAGGACAGUAGUGUGGGACAGGGGAGGUCCUAUGCUGCUGUCGCGGCUGGAGGGAGGCCGCAAGGUAGAAGAGUAGGCCAGAGCCAAAGGAGCCAGGCCAUGGGAGGCCGAGGACCGGGCGCACAGGGGGUUAGCGGACAAGGGAACCACCAAGUGGGAGGUAGGGGUCAAGGUCCCCCGCCAAAUCGCCAGGGUUCUUGUCGGUCCCCACAGCGACGAGGUGGAAGGUCCCCUCAAGGAGGAUGGCACCUAGGCUUGCCACAAGUAGUUUAUCUACAUGAUAUACGAGUCUUCAGCAAGACCCUCCAGGAGCAUCAGGGUCAUUUGAGGCAAGUCUUGGAGAAGCUACGAGAGGCUAGCUUCAAGAUUAACGCAAAGAAGUGCGAGUGGGCCAAGACGCAAGUCCUGUACUUGGGCCACGUAUUAGACGGGGAUGGCAUUAAGCCAGAGGACAGCAAGAUAGCGGCAAUUAGAGAUGGGAUGACGCCCAGCACAUUGACGGAGUUGCGAUCGUUCCUAGGCCUAGCCAACUACUAUAGAAAGUUCGUAAGGAACUUCUCUACAAUCGCCGCUCCCUUGCGCCAGUUGCUUUAGAAAGAGGCAAUCAGGCAAUGGGACAAAGAUUGUACGUCUGCGCUAAAGAGAAUGAAGCGCGCGUUAAUAG